AUGGUCCAGCUCGCCCUCAUCGCCGCUCCCAUCGGUGCCGCCACCGCCGUCGCCGUGGCGACUAAAACCUUCUUGAACACGCGUCAAAACUCGCAAAAAGAGCUUCGCCGAGGCGUCGUGGACGAGAACGAGGUGUCGUUCGCGUGCGAGCGCGUCUGCGCGUCCGAUCGUUUGAUGGCCAAGCUCGGUGGUUUGGGCAAGGCGGAACUCAUGCACACGUGCGUGACGACGUGCGGGAUGAGUGCGACGGACGCAUGCGUCGACGCGUGCGCGCGGGUGGCGUGCACGGCGGGACACGGGGUGCCAGGAUGGAAUGAGAAGUGUUUGAGACGAUGCGCGAGCGAAUGCGCGCGGGGAAGGACGUCCACGCCGUGA